CGACAUCCUUCGCAUCCCAACGCACCGUCCACGACGGUUGGAUGCUCUUUUAUCCCAGCCGCCGCAUACCGAGCCCUCGAGCGCCGCCUGCGCUGCUCAUGACAUAGCGCGGCCCCUUUUCCUCCACGCCCUCACCUGCUCCGGUGGUUCCGCAUCCGCGACAAGCCCGUCAACCACCAUGUCGAGAUUUCUUCGGCAAUCGAGCCAGCUCGCGCGGCUCGCGCGUCUCUCCCAGCACUCGGCUGUGCAGAGGAGUCUGGGAGCGCCGCUUGCGACUCGGUCAUUCGCGCUGCGCACCAAUGCGACCCCGUACGGGCCCCGGCCGAGACACUUUUCCUCGAAGCCGCCACAGCCGGACGAGGACCCCAAGUCGAACGAGCCGACUGACAAAAAAGACUCCGAGAACAAGCCCACCGAUGAGCAAGGCAAAUCCGAGGCGCCGAAAGCGCCCCCGGCACCCCUGCCCGCGGGCUGGGUACACCUGACAAAGGAGGAGAUUGCGCAGCUGGAGGGCUUCAAGAAUCUCCUGCCCGAGGGCCAGAAGCAGACGAUGACGGACAUACUCAAGGGCCUCGAGCAGACCGGCGCGCCGGGCGAAAUUCGUGACCUGCUUAAGAAGAUGCGGCAGGGCCCGGGUAACCUGUCGAUUCUGGACAAGGGAAGGCUGAUGCGGUCCGUCUUCAUGAUGGCGGAGCGGUUGGCGGAAUGGGAGGUGGAACAACAGCAAAAGGGUAACCGCAUGUUCGAUAAAAACGACCCAAACAUGCAUCACCAAAAGGACGAGCAACCCAAGGGCCAAGACGACGGCCAGGCGCGUGACAAGCGAGACGAACACAGGUCGCACACCACUGGCCCGGGACAAGGGCCGCCGAAAAAGGAGAGGAACACGUGGAUGGACGCCCUUCAGACCGGCCUCGUGCUUGGAGUCACCUUAUGGGCCUUCGAGUCGCUCAGUCGGCCGUUCUCAGAAAAGGAGAUUACCUGGCAGGAGAUGAGGAGGGCGUUCCUCGACAAGGGCCUCGUGCAGAAGCUCGUCGUCAUUAACGGCUCCCAGGUGCGCGUCGAGUUGCACCCCGACGCCUCCCAGGCCACGACGGAGAACGGCGGUCGGAGGACUUACGUCUUCUCCAUCGGCUCCGUCGAGUCCUUUGAGAAGAAGCUCGAGGAGGCACAGGACCAGCUCGGCAUUCCUCAGUCGGAACGGAUCCCCGUCAGCUACGAGGCCGGCGGCAGCACCAUGGGCAACGUCCUUCUGGCGUUUGGUCCGACGCUGCUGUUCAUCGGCCUGAUUCUCUGGACCCAGCGCUCCAUGAGUGGGCGCGCCGGCGGCGCCGGCGGCAUGUUCAACUUUGGCAAGAGCAAGGCUAAGAAGUUCAACGCCGAGAGCGCCGUCAAGGUCAAGUUCGCCGACGUCGCCGGCCUGGAGGAGGCUAAGACGGAGAUUAUGGAGUUUGUAAGCUUCCUGAAGCAGCCUGAGAAGUUCGAGAAGCUGGGUGCCAAGAUUCCUCGCGGCGCCAUCCUCGCGGGCCCCCCCGGUACGGGCAAGACGCUCCUCGCCAAAGCCACGGCCGGCGAGUCGGGCGUGCCCUUUUUCAGCGUCAGCGGCUCCGAGUUUGUGGAAAUGUUUGUGGGUGUCGGUCCAUCCCGUGUGCGCGACCUCUUUGCCGAGGGCCGCAAGAACGCGCCGUGCAUCAUCUUCAUCGACGAGAUCGACGCCAUCGGCCGUGCGCGCAUGGACAGCGGCCGAGGGUUCGGCGGCAACGACGAGCGCGAGGCGACCCUCAACCAGAUCCUGACGGAGAUGGACGGCUUCAACACGAGGGAGCAGGUCGUCGUGCUGGCCGGCACCAACCGCGCCGACAUUCUCGACAAGGCGCUGAUGCGACCCGGGCGGUUCGACAGGCACAUUUACAUUGACCGGCCGACGAUGAACGGGCGCAAGGAGAUUUUCAAGGUCUAUCUCAAGAAGAUUGUCACCAAGGAGGACCAGGAGCACCUGGUGGGCCGGUUGGCCACCCUCACGCCUGGCUUCUCGGGCGCCGACAUUGCCAACGUGGUCAACGAGGCGGCCCUCAUCGCCGCCCGAGGCAAUGCCGAGGACGUCAAGAUGGAGCACUUUGAGCGCGCCAUUGAGCGCGUGAUUGGCGGCCUGGAGCGCAAGUCCCUGGUGCUCAAGCCGGAGGAGAAGAAGACGGUGGCGUACCACGAAGCGGGACACGCCAUCUGCGGCUGGUUCCUGCGGCACGCCGACCCGCUGCUCAAGGUGUCCAUCAUCCCGCGCGGGCAGGGGGCGCUGGGCUACGCGCAGUACCUGCCGCAGGACGCGUACCUGAUGAACACGAACCAGCUCAUGGACCGCAUGGCCAUGACGAUGGGCGGGCGCGUGUCCGAAGAGCUCCACUUUCCGACGGUGACUACGGGCGCGAGCGACGACUUCAAAAAGGUAUCGCAAAUGGCUCGCAACAUGGUGACGCAGUGGGGCAUGUCGGACAAGGUCGGGCCGGUGCACUUUGAGCAGGACCCGAACCGCAUGCAGAAGCCAUUCGCGGAGGCUACGGCGCAGCAGAUUGACCAGGAGGUGCACCGGAUCGUCGAGGAGGCGUACCAGAAGUGCCGCGAUCUGCUGACGGAGAAGAAGCACGAGGUGGGGCUGAUUGCGGAAGAGCUGCUCAAGAAGGAGGUGCUGGUGCGCGACGACAUGGUGCGGAUCCUGGGUAAGCGGCCGUUUGACGACAACGAGGACUUUGAAAAGUUCUUUGGUGGAGGCAAGGAGGAGAGCGCGCCACCGCCGUUUCCCUCGGAGGAGACGGACACGCCCAAGGAGCCGCCGACGCCCGCGCCGGCCUUUCGGGCCAGGUGAGGAUGAUGUGAGGUGGUGAGGUUGGGCGAUCUGGGACGACUUGGAGCGCAAGGCAGCAGGCAGCACGCGGGCCAGGCGAGUCACCAGCCAGCAAGCCGGGAUCCAGCCGGGGCGGCAUGGAGCCCUCUCGCGCGCUCGCGGCUUGCUGCCGGGAACCUGAGCGCGCGAGGAGAUUGGCGCGUCGCCGACGAAACCGGUGUCGCGACGGCAUGAUAUCUCUACUCCACGGCGGGAUGCGGACCCGCGAUGGCACGGCUCCUGGGAGGAGUGCCGUGUAACUUGUACUUUAGGCUAGAAUUGUAGACUUUGUCCAUACUACGGCAGACGGCGUUGGCUUGAGUCAUAUACGACGGCACUUGGCGAAGCCUUUGCGAACGAAAGAGGUGUCUGUUGGUGACGCUUUACCGGGUGCGGUUGCAGCGCUGCCACGACGACGCAGUGUAUCCAGGCACGACAUGGAGCGGCUGAGUGGCGGCAACACGCAUCGCGACACAUUGCCGGCCGCGCAUCCUCGGGCAUGCGACUGUAGGG